AUGUACCCUGCCGGUGGUGGUUAUGGCUUUCCCAAUGGACCAGGUCCUGGAAUGCAGCACUUCAACAACGCCGCCCCACCGCAGCAUCAACAACCUAACCUUCACAUACAACAACCUGGACAAAUUCCUCAAGGUCAGCCGGGUCCGCAGCAGAUGAUGUAUAACCCUCAGCAAUUCGCCGCCAUGGGUGGCCAGGCGCCCUUUGUUCCUGGAGCUCCGAAUCCUGCCAUGAUGUCGGGUCCGGGACCUGCUGGAAUGAUGCAGAACCCCGCAAUGCCUCAUAUGGGCGGUGCUGGUCAGAGUUUCCAGCAAGGCGCCUUUAUGAAUGCUCAGUUCGCCGGCGGCCCUCAACAGUUCAACCCGAACUUCAUGGCUGCUCAGGGCAUGGCCGGAUUCCCUCUAAACCCUGCUAUGCUUGUGGGCCAGCAACCGACACAACAGCAGCAUGCAGCGAUGAUGCAGCAGCGAAUGGCUGCCGGUAUGACUCCGACUGGUACUCCCCAACGACCCAUGAGUGCGUCGCAGAAUACUCCGAAUCCCAACAUGCCCACUCCGCCGCAGCAACAGCACACUCCCCAGCCGGGUCAGCAGCAGGGGCAGCUCCCUCAGGCACAGGCGCAGGCGCAGGCGCAGGCCCAACAGCUUCACCGUCAGCAGCAACUUAGGCUACAACAACAGCAACAGCAACAGCAACAACAGCAGCAGCAGCAGCAUCAACAACAACAACAGCAUCAACAACAGCAGCAGCAGCAGCAACAGCCUCAGCCUCAGCAGCAACAACAGCCUCCCCAGCAGGCACAGGGGCAGCUUCAGCUUCAACAAGGGCAGAACCAGCAAUUUCAAACGCCCCACCCCGGGUCGCAAUCGCACACACCUACAACUCAGCCGCAAAGUGCGACCACCUCCACACCCCAGACACCGACGUUUCCUGGAGGCCAAGGCGUCGGCAUGAACCCGUUGCAGAUCCCACAGAGCCCGCAGUUCACCGCAGUUGAGAGGCAGCGCUUCUCCAUCCUUCUAGACAUCAAUCAAGAACUUCUCUACGAAUCCAUGCAGCUGCAGCAUACCCAGUUGGAACUCAAGAAGGAGUUGGCGAGUGCAGGGUCAGAUGGUGCUUCGGAUGUGGACAAGAAGAAAGUGGAAGAGGUGUCGCAGGAUUUCACCCAGUGCCUGAGACGUCUGAACGCCAACCUCCAAUACCUUGCCGCCCUCGCCGAUCGCAAGAAUAAGUUGCCACCAUGUCCGGUUAUCAUCAGCGCUCCCCCCCUCAAUAUGACGCUCGAGAUCAAGUAUGUUCCCGAAGGGUCGGAUGGGGUGACCCAUGUUCCAGCCGACCCCAUCGCGGAUCGCGAAGACCGAAACAAAUAUCUUAAAGAGCUAUACGCCAAGCUGCAGGCGCUUUUCCCGGGCAUCGACCCUAAGAAGGAGCCCGCGUUCCCGAUAAAUGCGCGAGCCGGCAACCCGGGCCAGCCCCAACCCGGCCAGAUGCAACAGAAAGGGACAAUGGGUGGACAGGGUAGCCCCGGGAUGGGACAGGUCCAGAGAACACCGCAGAUAGCGAACAUGCCCGCCCCGUCCGCCGCGUCCUAG